AUGUCUCGGGAAUCCAGGUUGCAGGUGCUGUCCGAGUUAGAGCGCUGCCAGAUGCCUGCUGUGAAGAAGGAAGGUGGGGGUGUGCAGAAGACGAUUGAGCACUACACGUUUGCGGAUGCCUCUGAUUCAGCCACUAUCAUCAUUGAGGCUGACAAGGAUCUUUAUGGAGGUGCCGCUGAGCACGUGAAGGAAGAGCACAUAGAGGUUCUGAGCAAGGACAAUGAGCUGGUUGUCACACUGCAUGGCGUGCCUACAGCGCUAUCGGCUGCCACCAGAGCAGAUUGGACCCUGCGCCUCGCACCGCUCUGCCACAGCGUGGAGUCUGAUCGCACUUCUUGGAAACUUCGCAAAGGCAAGAUUUCAAUCAAGCUGACAAAGCGGAAGCCACAAGCGUGGAAGCGAGCUGUGAAAGUGUGA